AUGGCCAUGGAGUCCAACGGGUCUAUUUUCGACGAGGCUCAAUAUCGCCAGGAUGUACUCCACCUCUCUUCACCAGAAGCCGAACAAGCGCGGGCGCAACAGCUGGCCGACGAAGCCCGACAACUGGGCGUGAAGAUUCCAGAAACGGAAGCAACAGCGCCGUUGUCUGCCUCGAUUGCAUCGGGUUUACUUGAGCUCUCUUCGCCUGUUCUCUCGUCAGGCUCGUCGACCGAUCGCAUCUCUGUCUACGAUGGCUCCGUUACCCCGUCGCAUGAACCCGGUUCUCCGUCAACCUCGGCGCUGGAUCAGGUUGCUUUGUCGUUGUCCGAGAUUACAAUUGCUUCCGAGAAUUUCAAGCCUGGCAGUACGCGAUCGCUGGCGUCGCUAUCUACCCGGCCAACUUCAUUUUGUUCGAGUGAGGGGAGGACGGGACUUGCUGGCCAUGGAUACAUUGAUCCUUUUGAGGGGAAAUCCCACCGUCAUUCUAUGCUGAGUGUCGCAUCUGCCGAUAAGAAGGAGAAGCGGCGCAGCAGCUUGAAGUCUGCCAUUGGACGGAUUCAGUUUCGCAAGAAGCGCCCUUCCCCGCCGCUCGUCAUGUCUCCUGAUUCGCAACUCGCCAUUCCCAAGGGCGACAAAGGCAUGGAUCAUGUCUACCUCGAGUCUACGCCUGAAUCUAGCGCACCUGAUGAUGGCCCCAUCCCUCCGGCCAUUCCUCGUCCUCCCAAAAGGACCACCGAAGCCGCUCUUCCUCGGCUGAGAAUUCCGCUGUUUAACAAAGAAGCCUUGCAGCGAAGCUUGGAUGACCCCGAGCUGAGUGAGUUGCACAAGAAGCAUGAAAUGGAGAAAAAUCGUCACCUUGCUUUCCAAGAGACCGCCUUGAACAGCCUCCGGCGCCGGCACCAGGAUGCUGUAUCUGAAAAGCGGUCCGAUAAUGAGCGCCGGGAGGAGGAGAAACGCGAAAAGAACAUCGAUGACACAAUUAGACUGGAAGAGCGACAACUCGCAGUCGAAAUCGAACAGCAACGCGAGUUCGACCGUGCGAAGAUGAAUUCGGCUACCCGCAUCAAGCAUAUGGAGGGCUAUUUCCGCAACGCCAGCCCACCACCCUCUCCCUCCAUAACAGCAACAACAGGCGGACGGUCAUCAGGGUCAUUUUCAGAUUCCGCUUCGACUCCACCUGCCCGCCAGUUCACUCGGCAGCACAUGGAACAGCUAGAACAGCAAUACCACGAUCACGAGUCCAUGGACCAGCUCCACGACGCCCGCAUCAAAGUCCUCCGAGACCGCCAAGAUGUCAAGCUCCAAGAAACAAUGGCGCGCCUAGAAAAGGAACUGAACACAAUGUGCAAGCAACACAAGCAGGAUAUCACCACCAUCCAACAAGAGCAACAAGCCGAAGAGGCAUCCCUCAACCAAAUCCUGGACUCAAAGAAGACUGCGCUGCGUGACCGCUGGCAUUUGGAAGAAGCCAUCCUGCGCCAAACCCUCGAAGUGCGACAUGGCCAACUAUAUGGCCCCCUGCCGCCUAUCUCAUUCACAAACGCUACCUCUGACAUCGAUACCCCCGUUACAAUCACCGUCCCGGAAUCCUCGCCUCUGGGAGCAUCGAGUACUCCGGACACAAUCCAUCCUCAGGAUGGCGUGGCGCCCUAA